AUGGAACCUACUAGCGUAAUCGAUGACGAUGCUGAGUUCUGGCUUCCGUCUGAGUUUCUCACUGACGAGGAUUUUCUCUUGGAGAAGGAGAAUAGCGGUGGGGGAAACGAGAACCGUCGUGGAUUUGGGUCUUUUGAGUUGAAAUCGGGUUUUGGCUCUACGGUUAAAUCAAACGGUGAUGACGAGAAUUUCGUAGCCGGAUUGACUAGGAAGAUGGUUCAGUCAUCUCUGGAAGAUGAUUUCUCCGGUGGAUUUUGCGGUAACGAAGCUUUUCCGGCCCGGAACGACAACAAGGCUUGGGGUACGACUCGUUCGCCUCAAUCGACUCUUUGUGUGGCCGGAAUCCGAUGUGGUUGCCGGAAUCAGAGUCAGUCGCGAGCUUCUUCUCAAGCGGCAUGGGAUCUGUACUGUGACGCGACGGAGGAAAUGGGGAAGAUGAAUAUAAACGGAGAUUACAACAACCAUAGUGGUAGAAGACUUCUCCCUCCUCCCACAAAACUUUCCUCCGUCACCGCAACCGCCGUUAAAAUCCCAAACAACGGUUCUGGUUACUACAACCACCAAUCUCUCCAAUACCAGAAGCUACAAGCCAUACAAAGCAGAGCAGGACUUAAAAAUGGCGGUCAUGUUGAUUUGUCGUCACUUGCAUGGUCUAAUCAGCUUCCGAGGCGUGAUAUUGGUGGUUCGAGUAUGCGAGCUGUGUUCCUCGGAGAUCGUACCGGAAAAAGUGGAUCAACCGGAACCGGCGUGUUCUUGCCACAACGCUUUAACAAUAUCACUUCCCCUGUAACCGCCGAGACUCGCAAGAAACCAACUCUUAAGGCGGUUUUGGUUCCGGCUAGGGUGGUGCAGGUCCUGAGUGACAACGAUGUUUGGAGGCAAAGGAGCAACAAUGGCGGAUUCAUGGGUCAGAUGAGUGCGGAGCAGUCAGUGAACGAGCCUAGGUUACCACCGGACUGGGCUUACUGA